CUCUUUUUCCUUACUCACGGUCUGUGUUUUUUCCACGGUGUCUUCCCGGCAACAUGGCUUCUGAGGAGAAUAUAGGAUACAUCGAGCCCGAGCGAUUCAGUGACGUCGACUCUGGACUGGGCGACCUGAUCUCCGAGUCCGACACCGAGUCGCUUCGGUCCAGCCUGCUGCAGAGCGUGUACGAAAAUGGGCGAGGCUACCACAAAUACAAGGACGGGCUGUACUUCAUGCCCGAUGACGAGCGGGAACAGGAGCGGCUUGACAUGCAGCAUGAAAUCUUCCUCCACACCAUGAACAACAAACUGCUCGCCGCCCCCGUCGAGCCCGGCGCCGCCCUGGACGUGCUCGACAUCGGCACGGGCACGGGCAUCUGGGCGAUCCAUUUCGCCGACGAAAACCCCCAGUCCACGGUCCUGGGAACCGACCUCAGUCCCAUCCAGCCCUCCUUCAUCCCGCCCAACUGCAAGUUCGAGGUCGACGACUUCGACCAGACCUGGUGUUUCUCGCAAAAGUUCGACCUCAUCCACGGGCGGAUGCUGGCGGGCUCGCUCGGGGACCCCCUCAAGCUGCUCCAGCAGGCAUAUUUGGCCCUCAAGCCCGGCGGCUGGGUCGAGCUCCAGGACUUUGCGUUUCCCGUGCGGUCGGACGACGGGACCAUGGCCGGGACCCCGUUCGAGCGACUCAACGACGCCCUGGUCAAGGGCCUCCACAUGCUGAACAGGGACGGGGCCUGGGCGGCCCAGUACAAGCAGUUUAUGGAACAGGCGGGCUUCGCGAACGUGGUGGAGAUACGAUACAAGUGGCCACAGAACAAAUGGCCCCGCGACCCGCAUCUCAAGAAAAUCGGCUACUGGAACAUGGUCAACACCCUCGACGGGCUCCAUGCCUUCUCCGCGCGGCUGUGCACCAAAGUGCUCGGCAUGGGCGUGGAAGAGUUCGAGCUUCUGCUGGCGGAGUCGCGCAACGACAUUCGGAACCACAACAUCCAUGCCUAUUGGCCCAUUUAUGUUGUCUAUGGCCAAAAACUUUGAUAGCCGCCCAAGAGCCAGGACGGGUGUUUGAACAAUACGAUCGUGUCCGUUUCAUUGUAUGCGAGACACAGAUCGGGUUGCGUCAGAGAGCCUUGAUGCCACGGGUACGUGAAGAGGUCAAGAAGGACGGAGAAGACGCUGAGGGACAACGAGGGACAACCUAUCGAAGCCAUAUUCCCAUUUCUCUGCGAAAUAGGAGGAGGAUAAGCCCUUCGACUCGCUAUAGAUGAGUUUUGGCGGGCUGACCUGGCAUUUCCCCGAAUCCCGAUGGAAACUGUACACGGCAGCGCCCUUGAAUCGAGGCGUGGAGAUCUGGUUUAAAGAAGCCAUGCCCCCCGGAACGUGUCUGAUCGCGGCACUGGUUCCUUUCCGUGGUGAUAUCCUCUACUUUCAACGAUCUGGCUUGGUUCAACGAUGUCUCAGAGAAACAGGUAUGGGUGAACGCCCAAGCCAGAGUCACACGAUUCCGAUCCAAGCUGACAGUCUCCAGGAAUCGUUUGCCGUCGAUCCGCUCCUGGAUUGAUCUCGUCACUGCUCAUGCGAAUCGCAAACAACGGGAACCACUUGCGAUGACGGUGUCAAGGUCCUGCAACAUUAGUCGUGGGAAAAGUACCAAUGUUGUUUUGAAGAAGACACCAGGACAGGCCACGAGGUACUGGGCACAAGUUGACCCUGGGGGUCAUAUACAUAACACGACCGGCGCUUCUUAUACGUAGACCCAGCACCUACCCUGCACGGCGACCUUUUUAAUUUCGCCUUGUGCGUCGUCGACCCUGUCGCUGAGGCUACAUGACGCUUACAGUCGGGAGGCAGGUCUGUCAUAGCCUCCGACGGAGCUUUCCUUCUCCUUCCAGCCGGCAACUACGUCCUCCACGACGGGCAGCUCGUCUUGACCCCAGACGACACCGCCCUCGACCCCACCGAGCACCCACCCUCCACUCGUCUUCUCGAACACUCGAUACGACGGAACGCCACAGAUCCCGGCAUCGACGGCUUCCUGGGUGUUGUUUCGCAAGGUGUCCUUGACUUGAGGCGAGGAAGCCUUCUUCAGCAGGGCCGCGGCAUCGCAGCCCGCCGUUGCGAGGUACCCGGCCAAGACCUUGUCGUCGGAAACGUUGAUGUCGCGCUCCCAGCACGCGCGGACUAUUUGAGCGCUCGGUGGUCAGAACGGUGACACAAAGGGGGGGCCAAGGCUGGUCACGGGAAGGACAAACUCACAGAGCAGAGGGACGAGAUUCGGAUCCACGAUCGCGCAGCGCAGGGCCGUGGGCGUGCGGAUCGGGAACUGGCUGGGCCAGUGGAACUGGAUGGGUUGAUCGUGAGACCCGCGUUGCUGGUUGACGCCGUUCCAAUGGCGGAUCCAGUCGCCCAGGUCUUUGCGCAUGUAAUCUCUUUUGGCCUGCGAAAUGGCCGCCAUGGGGACGUUCGGCGCGCCAACACUGAUUUUUUGUGGCCGGUCAACAAAAACGUUCCGAGAACCAGUCUUUUUGGGGGGGGCUGGGAUCAUAUAGACUCACGCUUUGAACAAGGCGCCCAGCAAAAAGGGCUUCAUGACAAUCUCCACGUCCGGGCCGAACUGUCUUUUGAGUCUGUCCAGCUGCGUCCACCCGAGAAACGCCCAGGGGCUGCUGAAGUCGUACCAGAAUUCGACUCUUUUCUGGCCGACCGGGGGCCCCUGUACACACCGGGGCUGCAAACUUGGCAGAUCGGGCACCUGGGCGUAGUCGCAGCCGCGUCUUACUGCGUGGAGCGCAGCCUCGACAAAGUGCAUGCGAUCCUGUCCCCAGUAGAGGCGGCCGUGGCGCAGCGUGCCAUUGCCAGCAGCACCAUUACCACCACCAUCGACCCACGUCUCCUCCGCGACCCAGAAAGCAGGCACCCCGGG